UAAAAGUUUUGCUCGGGAUGAGAUUUUGUUCAAUGUUCAUCAUUCAAGUCUUCUGCGCGGGUGGUGGCAGAAUCCGACUGAGCUUUCGAAGAGCACAUGACCCGGUUUGGAUUUUCAUGACUUUGUGGAACUCAUAAGUUGGGAGGGGAGGGGGGGGGCAGAAACGCCCCUCAAAAGGUGACUUUAAGGUUCUACCUGUUCGACCUGUGGCCGGACGGCUCGUGGCUGUCAUGGCCGCGGCGGAAGCCAACACCGCGCGAGGCUUCGCCAAGCGGCCGCGACGCGUUCUCGGCCUGCGGCUCGACCCGGCGGCUCUGGCCUAUGCCAUGACCACUUUGGGCUCUGCCACGAUCAACAACAUUUUCAGCUUCUACUACGUGAAGCUCUUCGUCAACAAGUACCGGAUAUCCGAGGGCGCGUUCCACCAAUCACAAGUGGUCUACAUGCUGUGGAACGCCGUCAACGACCCUCUGUUCGGGUACCUGCAAGACAACUCCAAGGUGGCCUGCUGCUCCCAGCGCCGGCUCUCCAUCCUGUACGGCGCCCCCCUCUACUCGUUGGCCUUCCUCGUCGCCUGGUUCCCGUGGCGACCCUACGCCCCCGGCGACUGGCUGAGCGGCGUCCACCUGACGGUGUCGCUGUGCGCCUUCGACGCCCUCCUCACCUUCGUCCUGCUGGCCCAGUGCGCCCUGUUCGCCGAGAUUUCCGGCGACCAUCGGAACCGACUCAGGCUCGUGAAGUACAGCCAGGUGGCGUCGCUGCUGGGCUCGUCGAGCGUGCUCUUCUGCGGCCUGCUGUCCAAAAACAUGGAGGACUUUGCGGCCUUCCAGACGUUCGCCGUGACCGUGGCCGUCCUGAGCUGCGGCUGCAUGCUCUACACGGGCCUCCGCAGCCGCGGCCGGUUCGACGACAGAGCGCCCGAGGAGCCGGGCGACCCGGGCGAUCCAGGGUGUCCCUCCCCCAGCGUGAAAACGCUGACGUGGCAAAUCCUCCUCAACGGGGAUUUCCGGCAUUUUGUGCUGAUGAACUUUUUCCAGGUCUUCAUGCUGGCUUUCUUUAGCAAUUUCACGCUGAUAUUCGCCGAGCACCUGAUUCCUCCUGAUGUGCUUUCGUCGCUGGCCAGGAGCGUCAUGUACGGCGCUGGAUUCAUUUGCCCGCAGCUGUUGGUGUUGAUCUGCGACAGACUUCUUCACAGCCUGGGCUACUACCGGAUAAUCCUUUAUACCUUCUACCUGGAGGUCUUAAUGGGGGCCGCCAUGCUUGCGCUCGGUCCUCAGAACUAUCGUAUCCUGGCAUUAUACCUCACCGUGAGCAUGGUCUUGGUGCAAGCCUCCUUCAGUCUGUUCGGGUUGCCGUUAGCGGAUAUCAUCGACGCAGACAUGCACAAGUACAAGCGCAGCUCGCCUUUGUCCUCGAUGGUGUUCGGGACCAACGCGCUGUUCACCAAGCCCGCCCAGUCUCUGGCGCCCAUGUUGGUCCUCAACAUUCUCAACCAGUUCGGCUACGAGGAGAUGAAGGACGCCGGACGGGACUCGGACCCGAGAGCUUUGUCGAGCCUCCACAGCGUCAUGUUCUACAUGGUGUGUGCGGUGCCCAUGUGCGUGGCCGGCGUUCAAAUCCUGGCUUGGCGGCUCUUCUCCAUCCGCAGCAGUCACACCGUGGACAGCAAGUACAUCGACGGCUAGCAAGUGCCGCCUUCCUCAAUUCGGGGGAUGUCAUUAUGUUAACAAGUUACUCGUAACGGUGGGGGAUUUGUACAAAAUGUGUCGUUUAUCUUCUUGUGAAGAUGCGUAUGUUCAUUUCAGUUCAGUCAACGGUUUAAGUUGUUUUUUUUUUUUCCCCCCUCAUAAAAGGGGAAUGACCGUGCAUCUUCCGAGUUCCCGAACCACGCAGUUGAAACCCGACUCCAGAUCAUAAAUCAUUCCGUGAA